GUGGUGACGUGGCAGACAGCUGUUCCAUGUGUGUGGAGGCUGUAACCACUGAACAAGUUCAAACCCUGUCCCUGGGUCACUGUCCCCCUCUCCCACCACUACUCCCCCACAGAUUUAUUCCAUUGCCGGGGAAGAAUAUGCAUACACUCUGGUUCCACCGGAACAAGGUGGUGGCUGCCCUUUUUGUUCUCGGAAUUAUACUUCUGAUGUGCUUGCUCCCUUCCAGUCCAAAACAGAAGACUCAAUACUUGGGGCACACAGAUAAACUGAUGAUGGUCAAUCCUCGCCAGCUAAUAACCAAUCUUACCGUCCGACUUGACCAAUAUAAAGGAAGCCUUGUAUUUUACCGUGAAACAUUGGCUCCAGAGAAGGAUUGGAAAACCACACAGCCCAGGUUAGAGGUGCUGCUGCUACAUGGACAAGCUUUCAGCUCCAAGACAUGGGAGGAUCUGGGAACUCUGAGCCUGCUUGCUAGUCGCGGAUACAGAGCUGUGGCUUUGGACUUGCCAGGAUUUGGGAAUACACCACACAUGGAGAUUGGGAAAAACGACCAGAACAGAGCAGAUUUCCUGCUGGCAUUCCUGAAUGCUCUAGGACUGAAGGCACCUGUCUUAAUCAGUCCAUCGAUGAGUGGUGGUUACUCCAUUCCAUUCCUGAUGUUACAGAACCAACGAGUGAAGGGCUUUAUUCCUAUAGCACCAGUGAGAACAAAAGAUUACAGUUCUGAGCAAUACAAAAAAAUCCAGACUCCAACUCUGAUUGUAUUUGGACAACUGGACAUGGGUCUCGGGAAGGAAUCCCUGAAGAAUCUCAUGCAACUUCCACAGAAUACAAUUAUCGAAAUACAAGCAGCAGGACAUGCUUGCUACCUUGACGAGCCAAAGCAGUUCCACAAAGUGUUACUUGAAUUUCUAACUGAUCUAGAGUGAAGAGACUAUUCUAGUGAUGCUCACAUUUUCAGAUCUCUAUAUCAGCGCUGACCAAGCUCACGUACCAGUGCCCUGAAAGCCUCAGUUUACCUAUUUCACUCGCUCGCUCGUUGGCUCACUCACAAUUUGUUUAUUUCUCUAGGAUAGUCUCGUAGUCGGGUCCUUUUUAAAGAUUCAAACUGUUGUAAAGAAUUCUGAUAAAACAUUUUUUUGCUUUUUCUUUUUAAAAACGUUGUAAAUAUAUCUUGGCAUGAAGGACUCCCAAGAUUUUUUUUCCAAAAGAACUGCUCUUCUUCCUUUUCAAAGUCUUGGAGUUUAAAAAUAAAGCUGUUCCUGUGUUUUUGUUCCCCAAA